UCUGAACCAUUCUUUUUGGCCGAUAAUAAAAUCGUAUUUAYUUGGCCAUUAUAUGAUAUAUUUUGAACCAUGCCUGGGGUAGAAAAAUACAUUUUGAAGGUGAAAAAGAAGUUAAUAUCAAACGAGCUUGAAGAAAGAAAGAUUUUAAAAUAUCUAAGGCACUUAGACCAGCUAGAGGUUAACGUAGACAUCUUAAAGAAUACCGGUAUUGGAAAAAUUGUAAAUGCACUGAAGAAGCAUGAAGGACCUGUUUGUGAUGCAGCGAACAAUUUGGUUACAAAAUGGAAAAAUGUUGUUAUCARUAACAAGAAUAUGGAGAAUACCAAAGAGAGUGUAGGAAAAUAUUUGCAUUCAUUGACGUCAUCAAAAUUAGCAGGAUCGUCAUCAUUAUUGAACAGUGAAAUUGAGAUCGAGCAGUCUGAAAUACAGCGAAACAGAGGAAGCGAAAUAAACGAAAGGGAAAAGAAAGAAAGGGAGAAACGGAAAACAGAAAAGGACAAUCACACCAAAACAAAGGCUCCAUCUCUUCAACUCUGUGAUAUAUCAUUUGGUUGUGAAAUAAGUAAAGAAAGCAAACCAAAGAAAAGACAUCGACCACACCCUUCCACGGCAUCACAACCAUCUUCGACAUCAAGAAGAGACAAUUCAUCUUAUCACCAUAGCAACCAGGAAAUUGAUGACCACACAGCAAGCCCCUAUUACUUACCCCCUCUACCAUCAGCUGCAUUCGUUAAUGAAGCUCUUCUACCAGAUAUCCAGCCAACAUAUAAGCCAUCAAGACUACCCUCCAUUGAUGAUUCUCCCAUCAAGAAACGAGGAGGAGACAUUGACGGAACAUUUGUUGGGGCAAUCAAGUCAAAGAAGUCGAAAACGCAAGUAUUCUCCGGACGAAAAAAUCCAGCAUCCUGUGGAGUUGUAACUUCACUGUUUGAUAGCUGUAUAAGAGUCUUACUAGAGCACAUUGAUGCCCUUAACGACACUGGUGGUGUACCCUAUGAUAUUCUAUACCCUGUUUUAGUCAAAUGCAACCCCCAGCAGCUGUUACAUCUGGAGGAGUAUAAUCCUUAUUUCAUUGAAGAAUCAGAUGAGCUAUGGAUGGCUCAUUAUCGACGUGAAUUCAAAUGUGAGAAGAAAGUUGACGGUCUUUCAUGGCGAGAUUCUUAUCUGCAAAAAUGCCAAGAACGAGAAGAAAAACUUGAAAAAAUCAAUGCGAAGAUUGCUGCAGCCCAGGCAGCCAAAAAACCAGAACGGCAGGUCAAGUUAGCAUUUGUGACAUCAGAAGCCAAGCCGCCUCCUCAGAUCCGCCGAAAACAGGCACGGUACGGUACAGGACAUGGCAUUGAAAUACCCAUUAUCUCACCAAUCAAACGCUCGUCUGCUCCAAAAUCUUCCCACUCGUCAAAACCAAGCAGUCAUGUGUUGCAAUCGUUUUCUGCUGCUCCUGCUCCUGCACCACUGGCUAGAAGAUUGGGCCAAGCACCAAUGAUGAAGAAAACCAUGAAACUGUUAAAGAAUCAAAGAAACAUUGCUGGAGCACAGAUCAAGAGGAGAUAGAAGYUAUACCUUUUUGUAGGAAGUCCCAUCUUCUGAAUGAAAGGUCAAUAUUUUGAUACAUCUAUGGAAUCUCACAUAUCAUACCUCUGUAUGGGACUUAUUUAGAAAGCAAAAUCAAAUUUCCCACCCUCAAAACAAUACAAUCCAAACUAUACAAGUUUUUGCUCCAAGAAAAUUUCCCAAUCUGCAAUAUAGGGAUUUAUAGUUUUGAAGUCUYGCAGUGAACAUUUAUCGAGGCAAAAUGGCUGUAAUGAUACAGUGUUGUAGGCUACACUUUGAGUGGUGCAAGAGGAUCCCAAUAAUAGCUCCAAGAAAAUUUCCUAAUCUGCAAUACAAAGAUUUUGUAGUUUUGGCGUCUCUCAGUGAACAUUUGUGGAGACAAAUUUGGUUGUAAUGAUACAGUGUUGUAGGCUACAUUUUGAGUGGUGAGGGAGGAUCCCAAAAAUAAUAACCCAUGAAAUAGUCAGAGUGAUCUUACUUGUUCUGUGAAACAAAGUUUUACAUUAACUAGUGACUUUAGAGUCAAUUAGUAAACAAAAGAAAGCGAUGGUAUUAUUGUCUACUACUAUGGUUACUACUCACAGGCCAAGUAAAAUCACUGUAAUAGGUUAUAUUAGUAGAUAUUUUCAUAAUUGAUUUCUGUUGCAUGUAUGUCAAGUAAUGGUUAAAGACCCAUUGCCACUUACCGUGAUGCAUCACAAUUUGUUUACAUUUUGAAUCAUGUCACCACUGAAAAAACAAUUCUAACCUUUUGAAUAAACUCUUAAAAGAAUGUAAAAGAAUCAUUA